UGUUUGUCCUCCAACAUGGACUUGGAGGAAAUGACAAAUAAUCGCUGGUUGGUGGAAGACUUAUACAAUCAAGUCAUAUUUGGUGAGUGGAAAACAGUUGUUGAGAGCUACAGAAAUGAGUUCGACUUUUUUUGCAAUCACAGCCUCAACGAGUUUGGGGAAACGGCAUUGCACUUAGCUGUCUCCCAUGGCCCAGUAAAUAUUGUUGAAGACCUUGUACAAAUAAUUUCUCAAAAAGGCUCAAUCAAAGAGGUUCUAACAAAAAAAAAUUAUCAAGGGAAUAACCCUUUGCAUCUGGCAGCAGCAACUGGGAGUCUGAGAAAAUGUAUCCAUCACAUCCAUCUUUGGGGAAUGAACGUAACCAGAUGGGUGAGAGCCCUUUAUUCUUGGCCGCUCUUCAUGGUAAAACAGACAUAUUCCUUUGUCUCCAUCACAUCUGUAGUGAACAUCUAGACAAUUCCUACUAUAGGAGAAAUGGUGGAGAGACUAUUCUACACUGUGCCAUCAAGAGGGAGUGUUGGGAUUUGGCAUAUCGGAUACUUCUUCAGCACAAAACCCUUGUUGAGUCUGUGGACGAGCAUGGAAUCUUGCCUCUAAAUCUCAUAGCAGAUAAGCCUGCCGCCUUCAGAAGUGGUUGCCACCUUGGGUGGUGGAACGAGAUCAUGUAUCAUUGUAUACCUGUUGAUGUGCUCAAGCCAAUCGAUCCAGAGCAAAUGAUUGAAGGAUGCAAGGGCAAAUGUUUACCAAAGGAAAAGCGCUUAGCAAAGGCUGGAAAGCAGAUGUAGAGAAUGGAUCGACUUCU